AUGCUGACAUUUUUUGCCCUGAUGUUGAAGCGAACCAGUGAAAUGUCCCAAGAUUCCAGCGAAGUCUCUCAGCAAUCAUGGGCUUCCCACUUUCAUCCCCCCUCCCCGCAAAGAUCUAGUAGCCGACCCGCGGUAUUGCCACAUGGACAGCCUCAGCCUUCCCAUCCUGUGAUCGACCUUAACAAUGAUUCUAAUGUGGUUGAUCUGACGCACUCACCUGAGACGCCACCUCUAAGACUACACGACGGCACUCCAGAUACCCAGACAUCCCGUUCGGUACGGCCACCGCGAUUCGGCCGACCCAUCUUGAGGCGCGAGGUGGUGGAUUUGGUUAAUGAACCUGAUAGCCCCCCAGAACCUCCAUAUGGCAGUCGCUUGCCAGGAGCAUCGACAAUUCCUGGAUACAGGAGUACUCUCCAGUAUGUGUACAAUCCCGACGAUCCCACUCUCAAUAGGAUGAUUAUCAACCGCUUCCCCGGUGCUCAUAGGCCUACUCCUAGUGGAAGAACCCCACCUCCAUGUCCCGGAGAACGUGUUACAGGAUCGCACCUCGAUCAAUGGUCAUACAACGACACAAACACGUGGUCUAGUCGCAUGAUGCUUGUUUAUAACGAAAACCUUCUUCCUAUUUCAAGGAGAAAUCCAGACUACGACCACAAUCAAGACGUCCAAAUUCUCGGUUCUACAACUAGACCUCGGGAAUCCAACGCAUCUCGGUAUUUGCAACCGGAAACGGUCCGAAGAUACUACAACAACCGGCAAAUCAACGAACAAACCAGACGGAGGGAUUGGGCCGCAUCAAGGCGACAGGCUCGCACAUUUUAUGAUGCGGAUACGAUAGUGCUGGGUCAAAGUUCCCAAAGUCAGAAUGGGGGCCCCGGCAGUUUGAUUCUUGAUUAUGGAUCGGCAGCUUUUGAUAUUCAACAACCCACUGAAGGAGCUGAAGCUCAACGGAGCGACACUUACAAAGCGCCCAGUCCGGCACCGGAGGGCUUUACGCGUACCCUUGCAGACGACGAUGUUGCAAUUUGCCCCAACUGCUACUGCGAGCUCGGAGUCGGUGAUAAAAAGAAAGAGGAGAUCUGGGUCGCAAAACCAUGUGGACAUGUCUACUGUGGUGAAUGCGCAGAGAAUCGAUCCAAGUCCAAAGCUAGAAAAACUCCUUCAGCUCAAAAGACUAAACAUUUCUCUAAAUGCCAGGUCGCUGACUGUGGCAGGACACUCAGUGCGCCGACUGCUAUGUUUCAUCUCUAUCUAUGA